AUGUCUAUUCAAGGCAGGCUGCCCGCUUGUGUCAUUGACAAUGGAACGGGGUAAGUUGAAUGCUCUUGUUCAUUUCGGCUUGUUCCGGAAAGCAGGUGAUGUGCAACCACUCCCGUGGGCCAUGGGAUUCAAAGGACAAAGCGAUUUUCGCCUUGUAUGAUAUUUGCAUUGGAAACAAGUAAAACUCUUUGUCAAUUCACCCAACAUGGCGUAACUAAUUGCUUAUUGCACACCACCCAUGCUUAGAAACUUUAUUCUGUGCAAUACAUACUCGCUGAACUUAGCAAACUACAAAACAAGCAACUAAAUGACAUACUGUAUACAGAGCCGUAGCUAGACUGAUAAUUGGAGGUGUGUGUAUAUUCGUGUUCUGCCCGACAGAUUUCUUUCGAAAGCGAUUAAGUGUUUGUUCAAGAUGGAAAGUGAAAGGUAACUGGUUAAAAUGUGGGUUUGGACUAAGAUGUUCAAUACUGUAUUUAUUUCUAAAAUGACGUCUUUUAUUACAGCAUUUGGGGGAUUGCUUGACCAAACACGAAAAAGUAGCAAAAUCAAAUUGUAAUGUUUUAUUUAUAAGAAAAAACCCAAAAUCACUAGCUGUAUUCAUUCUCAAAAUCGCCUUGUUCACAUGUGACACUGUUCACUAUAAAGCGUUUUCCCAGAAUCUAAUCGGAAGUGAAUUCGCAUAAAAAAACCUAGGCUAUGUCGGUUCUCAACACAGCACAUCUAGUGAUAGUGUGACUACGAGAUAUCUUUAACCAUUCAUACAUUAAAUUCAAUAUCUUCAUCUGAACUCGUGGUCGCACUUUAUUACUACUACAGACACUGCUUGGGGACCCUGGGUACUAGGUUGCUAAAACCAAAUUUUAACCACUUUCCUUUCGCUUUCAUCUUGAACAAACGUUUAUUCGUAUGCCGAAGCAUAGCCGAAGUAACGAUGUUGGAAUAGUUAGAGAUAAUUAAAAUUAUUUGCGGGUAACUGGCCCCACGUCACAGCUCCCUUAAAUCAUAUGUUGAUGAUUCAAAGAUGUUCUUGUCAUUUCGUGUUAAAGACGCGACUGACACAAAAGAGUACCUUCAGGAAGAUCUCGGCCGAGUAGCAAAGUGCUGCUCUGAACUUCAUCUACUUAUUAAUUAACCCGGAGACUGAAACCAAGUAUUUACUUAUCGGAACGCGACAACAGUUACAAAAUCUCCCCACAGAUAUGUGCCUAAAUUUUCUAGGUGAAACCGCUAUCAGGCCAGUUCCUUCAGCCAAGGAUUUAGGAUUAAUAAGGGACACCAACAGGUCGUACGAUUCCCAUAUCACUGCAUUAGUCUCCUCUUGCAUGUCCAAAUUGUCACAGAUCAACCGAGUAAGCAAAUGUUUUGAUAAAGAAACUAUAUCCCUUUUGAGUUUUGGUAUCAGCAUGGUAAUGAAUAAACUUCUUUAUUGCUCCUCUGCUUGGUCGAACACUUCGGCCAAUAAUUUUAACAAGCUACAACUGGUACAAAACUUCGCGUGCAGGAUCGUGACAAACAGCAAGAAGUUCGAUCAUAUCUCACCAAAACUGCAAGAACUGAAAUGGCUUCCAGUUAAGGAACACUUACUUUUUAGAGAUACAGUUUAGUGAUGUGCAAGUGUAUUAACAAUCUAGCCCCACCUUACUUGUGCAAUAAAUUUAGUAAACGAUCAAAUAUACAUGAAUGUAACACUCGUAACCGAGAGCUCCUCCAAAUACCGAUUUAUAAUACCACCACUGGCCAGAGAACAUUUCAUAGAGGGGCGAAACUAUGGAAUGAUCUGGACAAUAACACGAAACAAAUGCCAUCUUUGAGAAGUUUCAAGAAUAAAUUAAAGAAAGACAUGUUAGACAGACUGUAUUCUUAGUAAUGGACUAUUUUAAUAAUAGAAGAUUUUUCCUAGUAAAUUUUUAGAUAGUAAUCUUAACCUUGUUUUUUAAUCACCAUUCCAUGUAAAUUAGUGUUGAAAAGCCUCUUUGAGGAACACAAUAAAGUAUGUAUGUAUGUAAUUUGGUAUGACGUUUAAAUAUACAAACGUAAACGUGAUAUCGCCAUAUCGGUAUUUAUAAAAAAACGAUAAUUAUCGGUAUAUCGAUAUACCGCAACAGCCUAUCUCCAUCCAAUAUGCAACCUUCCCCUCCCCCUCCCCUCCAAACAUGGAGUCUUAGCUGUUGAAUGUUCUUUUUUUUAGAGCAUUAAUUGAAUGUCAUAUUGACGCUGGACGAAAGGAUGAUGCAAGUCAAGUUGCUGGAGCUGCGGCACAAUUUACAAAAACUAAUGUACCCAACCUCUACAAAGAUGUACUGGCACUUCAGGUAAACACAAAUCUCUACUAUGUAUUUAAUGAUCUAAUGUGAGUGGUACACAAAUAAUGUUGUUCUUUAAAGAUCAAAACUCAAAACCUAGAUUUCAAAUUGCGAAAACCUCACAGACUCUAGAUAUCAGUAUGUCUUCUUCUUUACGCCUCAUCACAUUAUGAAAGCCGUCAUACUUGACUUGCCACAAGAGACAUCUCUAAUUUGCUUUUUCCUUAAAAAGAAAACGGACUUUGAGAAAGUCUUUCCUCGUGUCUAAUUUGUGGGCUUGUGUGUAUGAGUGUAUACGUUAUACCUAAUCUGUAAUGUACAAUUCCAUUUUACCUCCGUGCGUCAAGGCAAAGGUUUUACACUUUUUUUUAAAUUGCAGAGAAGCGCAAUUGAAAUACCACAUACAGUAGUACAUUGUGUGCUUUGCUUAACUUAGUGACACAGAUGUAUAUUGUUAUUUAUCGAGAACGUUCCAAAUUGUAUAAUUUAGUUUUUAUAUUUUCUGUAGAUUCAGUACAAACUUACAGAAUAUGGAAGAUUAUCAAAAGAAACAAAAAGUUCACCAGAUUUACAUUUGUUUUUUAAAAUUCAUCGUUUGAAAGUGUAAGUAGAAAGAAGACGUACAAUUAAAGUAACAAAAAUAACUGUACAAUUAGAGGUGAUGUCACUCCAGACAAUUUUCAAAGACAAUUCGUAUUAAAUGCAGCGCGUCGCCAAACUAAUUAAAUUUUGUGAAAUAACAUUAAUUACAAAUCAUCUUACUGUAAAAAACAUGAAAGAUUUGCACUGGUCGUUGCACUCACGUUUAAACUUCUCUACCUUAACUCUAAUGUGUUCUUUCUCAAUCUUCUCUUCGGGGGAUAAUUCCAUUCCGAGCAUACGAAAUGGAAUCGAAUCCCGUCGGGGGUGCCAUUUGUGAAGCAGAAUAAAAUCGUCUCUACGAUCAAUAGCCACACGACCUGUAUUUAUUGGUGAACACCAAGCUUGUUCAAAUGUCUCUAACUGAAGUUAGUGAGAGGCCAACCUCUUUUCCAGCCACAGAACAUGGAAAUGUUUUUAGUUAAACAAGCUUUCUGCACAUAAUAAAACAAAGACUCGAGUUAUCAACAAGAAUUUAAGACACGAUACAGUGCAUAAGUUGAUUCUGGAAAUGCUGUCUGCACAACUCCGUCCCUUGUUACGUUUUGGGUAAGGAUUAGGGUUACUAGCAUACAUAAACAGCGUAACAUGAAUCUAUAACCUAAUAUUUCCUAAAAUUGUCUGUUGGAAAUGGUGUUUGCACAAUUUUAUAUCCUUCAUUUUCAGGCAGCUUGCUGGAGAUGAAAAAGCAGACGUUGGGCUUGAUUUAGCCAAAUUUUAUAAACAACUGACAGGCAUGUUUGAAACUGACGUUUCUGGAACCAGUACUGAGUUUUCUGAGAAAUCUAGCACAAAUGUAACAAGGACUUCCACUCCAGUUGCCAUGGAAACAAAUGAUAGGUAAGGUAUCAUGAUGAGUAGGAGUUUAUUAUUCAAUAUUUUUAAACCUACUGUACCACACUCAUCUUCUAUUGUUCUGGAUAGGUUUUGGUAUUUGACUCAAUUAAGACCUGGUAUCAACAAUCUCUGGUCUUGAGAUAAAUGAAAGACCUCCCACUCGUUUUCUUCUCGCAUACAACAAACACGAGAAAGAGUUUGUUAUAGUGGUUUGAAACAACGAAAAGCGUUUUAAAAGGGAUCGCUAUAGCCGAGUGUUCUCAGAUCACUAAGAAACGACUUCGAACUUUUGGGAAGGACUGUGUUUAGGGGAGUUACUGAGGUUGACUAAAUUCCCGAUGCUUGAAUGUAAGGAGAGCUUGGUCGGUCUCUUCCGUAACCUGCGAUUUAUAGGCCUGAUCGCAAGUUAUCUCUUCCGUGGCUCACUGGCUCGCGGAUACUGAGGUUAUCCUUCUUCUCUGAAAACUAAUCCUUAGGCACGCAUCGCAAAAUAACCAACUUACUAACCCUCGGAAAAGUUUGUCGGGAUAUACUGUGGGAUGGUAGGAAACUGUCCGUAUAGAUAGAUGUCCUAAAUCUACCAUUAUGCAAACAAUUACAAUACUAAAAAGUUGCAUUUCGUGGUGCGGAGACUCUCAAACGUGGGAGAGGCGGUACCCCAAAAUGCCGGAAAAAUCGGCCGUGAGAAAGGCUAAUUCCUCAAUAUUUUUUUCUGUUUUCCUAGACUUUCAUUGAUCCUAGAACUUGCAAAACAAUGCAUGUGUUAUGGUGCGUGUCGCCUGGCGGCUGAUUGCUUGGACUAUAUUGAAAGAAACUCGAAGGUAUUCUAACGUUAAAUGUGUCAUGUUUUUCUAUCGAUGAAGGAAAGAAAUAAUACUAUACCAUUGAAUGUUUAAACGCUUUCAUAUGAGCAUAAGAGAAGACUAACGUACAAAAUGUAGCAUCCGAGUCUUCCGAUUUCGAGAAAUCCGGAACCCUGUGUUCCGUUGCAAACAGACCGACUAAUUUGUAAUAUCUUCGUAGGAGCCUUCAGUUAAUCUUGUUAUCGAGUUUUUACGAUGCGAGUUGAUGGUUAAGUCAUUGGCUGAGAAACAAGAAAAUUAUUCUCAGUCAGUUGUGCAGGUACAUAUACCGUUUUGCAACAACAAUUUUAUUAACUGUAUUUACAAUACAUAAUAUGUAAGCAUGUGCAUCUUCAUUUCAAUAUGUUUUCUAGGUACGUCUGGAAGCAAUUGAAAAACUAGAACAGUAUUUAAUGACAGCAUUACGGUUUGGUGACCCACAUGUAAUUCAGGUAAGCUUUAUAUUAUGCAUUUCUUGAGUUGAUAUCUCUCUCUACUGAUUAUAUGCACUUUGAUAACGGUCACACCCCAAACCAUGACCAAAGCUCAAUGAGUACCCCCUACCAGCAGGGGUAGAUUUAUAGAGGGGUGCACAGGGGUGCGCACCUCUGUUGGCCUUUGUCAACAUGGAUGCAAAAGGGGUGCAAAAUUCAGAAGUAUGGCACAAUUUCCAAGGUUUUUCCUUUUUUGAAGUCAAACUGAAGCUCAUAAUUCAAUGCCCAUAUUGCAAGAAAUGGCAUUUCUAGGGUUCAAAAUUUUCCGGGGGGCACACCCCUGAACCCCCUUGGGAGCUUGCGCCUUCGGCGCUCAAGUCAUUAGAAAGCCAAUUCAUUUGAAUGAUCUCCAACCACCUCCUAAAGAAUUAUAAAGAAGCACUCUGCUGCCAAUCCAGCACCCCCCUAGAAAAACCUUGCUGGAUCCACCCCUGCCUACCAGAUCUUGCUGGACCCAUCCCUGGUAUAACGAGUCUUGGAAGAAACACUGGGAAUCUUAAGAUUGACAUUUACGGCAGACUGCAAACGGCAAACUUCAAAUCGUAUUUUGAGGUCAACUGUUAGCUGAAGCAUGAGUUAGUUACGUAGCUGUCAAAAACUUGUAGAACAUACCUUCAAAUGCGAUUUCAAGUUUGCGGUUGGCGGUCUGCCGUUAACGUCAAUCUUAUAAGGUCUCUACUAUUAAAAACGUAUAUCUCUGGUCUCAAUCUUAAUACCUUCCUCAUUAAGAAGACCCAUACUUUAGGGCGACACGACUGAGGUCACAGAAAUGUGUCUGCUUCAUAGAGGUUCAACAGUGCAGGCUACAGGCUUACAGUCUACACUUAAACAGGAUCCCACCUGAUUCGGGGUAACGUUCAGUUGUAUUAAAUAAUUCUUUUCAAAUUUUUCCAGGUUGGGUGUACGACAAUGUGGAACCUCUGUCUUCCUUUACUGCAGUUUAAUCUACGACAUCAUGUCCGCAAACCUCUGAGAAUACUUGCUGAUGCACUGGAAAGUGUUGAUAGGUGAGCGACGUCUAUAUUAAGAACAGUUAUACUACCAUUGAACGGUACUGUGCCAAUAUAGCCGUUAUUUGUCGCUUAUUUCCUUAUUCAAAAAACGAAAAAACGGAAUUGACUUCCUUUCUGAGAGGAAGAGAAAAUAUCCAAGUUUCACUGAAGUUAAAUAUCCAAGCUUAGAUUUAUUCAUUCCAGCUUAGAUUCUGGUGUUGGUAUAUGAUGAAUCCUCUAUGAAGCCCCCUCCCCUGUCAAAUAUCUUCCCCUGGUCUCUUUUUAGGGGAAGCCUCUCCCCCGCAACCAAGAAACUCGUUUGCCUGCCUUACCUUUGUUCACUGCACUCCUUCAUUUACCCCUCCCCCGUUCUUUAACAAACCAACUAACCAAGGCUCAAAGGUGCCUAGAUUUAUAUACUCUACUUGUUUUGUUUUAGUCUAAACUCAUUACUUCGAUGUCAGAUUCACACAGAGCUAGCAAAAUGUGAGGAGAGUGAGGAGCAAGUCGAACAAGCAAUGAUUCAUCUUAGAAAGGUUAUUCUUUAGAAUUUUGAGAAGACAUUUUGGUUGCAUCCUUAGGUUUCACGCAGGAAUAUUUUUCUCUUUGGUCGUUACCCCAACCGUAACAUUUUUAAAACCCUAAAUGUAUGUUUGUGCACGAAAUAUUGGGGGUGUAACUGGAAUGUUAUGAGGGGAGUUAAAAUAUAGGUUUUUUAACAGGCAUUGUCGUUGGACGAUGAUGGACUCUAUACAGAAAGAUUAGAAACAUUGUUAACGCGACUUCAACUGCGAGCGUCCCUGUACACUACACCUGAUAGACCAGAGGAUCUUGCAGCCAUGAUUAUUGAGCAGGUAAGGUCAUUUUAUGUUUUUUCUAUGAUGGUGAUGGUGAUGAUGACGAUGAUGGUGAUGUUGCUGCUGAUAGUGUUGUUUGAUGUGAUGAUGGUAGUGAGGGUGUUGGUGAUACUGAUGAAGGUAAUUAUGGUGAUGAUGCUGAUGGCGUUCAAGACGAUGAUGGUGGAGGUGGUGAUGGUGAUAAUGGUAAUUAUGAUGAUGGUGGUGGUGGUUGUUGCGUUUCCACUGUGAUUUAAUAGCAGUGGUGAGGAUGGUAUGGGUAAUGACGAUGGUGAUUGUUGAUGAUGGUGGUUAUGAUGGUGAUAAUGGUAACGAUGAUCGUUAUGAUGUUGCUAGUAAUAACUACAAACCAUGAAUACUACUAGUUUUAAAUACGGCUUCAAAAUAUUUCCAUCAGGCUCGAAGCAGUAGUGAUUCUGGUACAUCAAAGAUGAAACGUGCGUCACUUGUUAAAGCUGGAAAUGCACUUGCACCAGACGCCUUUGCUAUGGUGUUAGAAAGUGAAAGUAAAGACAUAUCAUCACAUGGUAAACAACCACCAAGCCUUCUGUCAAAACUAGCUGCCAAAGCUGAACAUUUUGAGAAAGCUGUUGGUAAAGCCAUUGGACAUCUUAAAAGAUUAGGCAUACACAAUGACCAAGAGAGGUAGAGAUCGUAUUAUAUUUUUUUUGCUUGUUUGAAGCCAGGAAUGCUAUCCACCUGAUAGUGAUUUUUCCACCUUUGAAAAAAUACCCGACAAGCUGUGAAUCCCAUGCAUAUCGACUGGGAUAUCCUAAUCAGCGGCCAAGUUUAAAAAACGUACCCAUCAUAUGCUACCUUCAUUCAACCUUACCUUGACUGAUUAUUAUUUGUGAAAAACAUCACGAGUGGCAAAGCUUUCGAGCCCAGGUUUGAGUCCAUCCAGAUCUGGUAGGGUCCUCAUCGAGCUUUGGUCAUGGUUUAGAGUGCGACCAUUGGCCAAGUGCGUAAUCGGUAGGGAGAGCUACAGCAGCAAGGCAUUAGUCUGUAGUCUUGCUUGACAAUUUCACAAUCAUGUUACUAUCUCAUUUUGUCUCUCUUAUAUUUUUAAUCCAAAAAUUGGAUUUGAUCAGGACAUUGGCACCUCCUUUGCUAAGGCUAGGAAACUCCUUCCCGCUGCAUCCCCCAGUAAUCCCCCCGUCUAUCCCUGUUCGACCCGUGACGGACCGCCUUAGCUUGUGUUUUGUGCGAAAACCAGUUAAUGAUAUGUAUCUCUACCUGUUUGCUCUAUUCUUAGAAACUCAAGUAGUUUACUAGGUUCUGCUCUGAUUAAGGAAGAAGUAAGAGCUUGAAAAUCUACAAGAAUUACCAAUAUUGCAUCUCGACUACCGGAAACGUCGAAAUAUUUGGCGGCAUUUUCCUUGCGACAGUGAGUCAGAAUUUAACCUUGCUUUGAAUUUUUCAGAGUGCGCAUCUGGGCGGAUCUCACAAAAACAGCACGGAAACAACAGAUAUGGGACGUAGCGCGUGUUGCUGCCAGGUUUUGUUUACUGUAUGAUGACGAGAGAUGGUCUUUGAAACGAGAAACCAAGCAGACUGGAGAGGAUGAAGGUGGAUAUGUAGAGGAAGAUAAGAACAAUGAAGGACGUUCUUCGUCAGGGGCGGGGUCAUUAAAGAAAGGUGAAGGACAGUCCAAGAGAUUUUCUUAUGUCACUGAAGAAGCAAAGUAUAACACGGAGAAAGAUUUGUUGAGAAUGCUUGCCGAGGUUCAUUUUAUUAAUGCAGAGGUUAGAAAUGUUUAAAUGUUUAUGUGUGCAGUUUGAUGUACUGUGGUGUUGGUGGUCAGUGGUUAGUGUAUGUGUCUUUCACGUGGCAGAUGUUCGUAGUACAAGUUGUAACAAACCUGCAGCAGACUUGUACACACUGCCAACAAGUUGUCUUCGCACUGCUUGUCCCAACUUGUCAACAAGUUUGGAACAAGCUGUUGAUAACUUGUAACAACUUUGUUGAUAUUAUCAGACUUGUUGCAAGGUUGUUCUAACAAGUCCGAUACAGUCAUGAUAUAAUAAUAUCGUUACAACCUUGUAUCAUCAACCUUGUAACAUUCUUGUUAUAUCAUGACUGUAUCAGACUUGUUAGAACAACUUUGCUACAAGUCUGAUAAUGCCAUCAAGCUUGUUACAAGUUGUAAACAGCUUGUUCCAAACUUGUUACAACAACUGGGAACAAGCAGUGCGAACACAACUUGUUGACAGCUUUUGAACAGAUUUGUAACAACUUGUUUGCAGACAUGUAACAACUUGUGCGUUUUUACAUGUGUAGCGAUGCUGUUCCAACAACUUGUCAACAGGAUAUGUUCGCACUGGUUGUUCCCAUCUUGUUGGCAAGUUGUCAACGCCUUGUUGACAACUUGCUUAUAAGGUUGUUGAGCUCAACAGAUUUGUCACAAGUUGUUCCAACAACUUGUUAUCGUCCUGCAGUUCAACAAUUUGUCAACAAGUUGUGAGUGACAGCCUUGUAGCAACUUGAUAAAAUAACAGCAUUGUUACAACUUGUUGACAUGCUUGCUACAAGCCUGUUGCGAACACAUCUUGUUGACAAGUUGUGAGAUUUUUACGUGUGUACACACGUAAAAACGCCCAAAUUGUUACAAGUCUGCAAACAAGUUGUUACAAGUCUGUUCACAAACUGUCAAAAGUUGUGUUCGCACUGCUUGUUCCCAGUUGUUGUAACAAGUUUGGAACAAGCUGUUAACAACUUGUAACAAGCUUGAUGGCAUUAUCCAACUUGUAGCAAAGUUGUUCUAACAAGUCUGAUACAGUCAUGAUUUUACAAGAAUGUUACAAGGUUGAUGACACAAGGUUGUAACAAUAUUGUUAUAUCAUGACUGUAUCGGACUUGUUGGAACAACCUUACAACAAGUCUGAUAAUAUCAACAAGGUUGUUACAAGUUGUUAACAGUUUGUUCCAAACUUUGUUGACAACUUGGGACAAGCAGUGCGAAGACAACUUGUUGACAGACUUGCUACAAGAUGUGAGAGUUUUGCGUGUGUAUGUGUGCUGGUGAAUACACACGUAAAAAUCUCACAACUUGUCAACAAGAUGUGUUGAACAAUAGGCUUGUCAUAAUGUUAUAAUGUCAUUUUAUCAAGUUGCUACAAGGUUUUCACUCACGACUUGUUGACAAGUUGUUGAAUUGCAGGACGAUAACAAAUUGUUGGAACAACUUGUAACAAGUCUGUUGAGCUCGACAACGUUGUAGCAAGUUGUCAACAAGCUGGGAACAAGCAGUGCGAACACGUCCUGAUAACAAGUUGUUAAAACAGAAUUGGUACAAGUCUGCCGCAGGUUUGUUACAAGUUGUGCGUUUUUACGUGUGUAGUCAGUGGCUAGUGCAUCUACCUUUCGUUUCUGUGAUGUUGGUAGUUCUAUGGUCAGUGCAUGUAGCUUACUCCUUAAUUUAAUUAUUUUGAUUAUUAUAGGCUCUUGUACAAUAUCUCAAGUGUCAAGGUGUUGAGUUAUGUGACAGUCCUACAUUUCCAAACUCUGAAAUUCUCUCAUCUCAAGAACCUGCAGGGGCGACUGAAGACUCUCCACAAUGGAUGAUAUAUUGGUAGGUUCAAAGUACUAUUUACAACAUGAGCGGCCGUGUUGUAUCGGAUAUACAAGUCGAAAGCGAAUGGUUGUAUACCCAUUUAUAUAUCGUAUGGUUGUAUAUCCUGUUCGAAUAUUUAAACGUUCGCUGUUUCGACACUUUGAUAUAGGAGUCUGUAUUAGAGAGAGAGAGGAGUCUGUAUUAGAGAAGUGUCUGUAUUGGAGAGAGGGGUCUGUAUUAGAGAGGAGUCUGUUUUAGAGAGAGGUGUCUGCAUUAGAGAGAGGAGUCUGUAUUAGAGAAGUGUCUGUAUUGGAGAGAGGAGUCUGUAUUAGAGAGAGAUGUCUGUAUUAGAGAAGUGUCUGUAUUAGAGAAGUGUCUGUAUUAGAGAAGUGUCUGUAUUAGAGAGAGGUAUCUGUAUUAGAGAGAGGAGUCCGUAUUAAAAAAGUGUCUGUAUAAGAGAAAGUCUGUAUUAGAGAAGUGCAGUAUUAGAGAGACGUCUGUAGAAGCGAGGUGUCAGUAAGGAAAGGUUCGAGUGCAGUUGAAAGUGUAUACUGCGUCUUUGAGAAUGAUCAUAAAGUUCACUGUACUUCAUUCUCUAGUGACUGGCUAGGUUCACUCUCUCAAACUGCAAUCUCAGAAUUCCAACGUGCAUCAGAGUUGGGCAGUGAGCUGCAAGAGAUGUGGUUAGUAUGUAAUUCAGCUGUAUAUCUGUUGAACUAUACCACACAUCUAGUGGCGCAGCAACGUCAUAGAGAACUGAUACCUAUCUUGCCUUGUGUCUUGAAGAAUUUGAGAAGUGUUGGACAUGUAGGGUAA